CCCAAAGGCGGAAGGGGAAGGGACUGCAAGCGAGACAAACUUUUGGAAUAUUUCCAAAACGCCUCAAUAAAGCACACAGAAUGGAACGAAAAGCUCAGCAACGAAAAGCUCUGCUGCCAAAGGCUUUUCCAUGGCAACGAAGGAAACGGGGAAGCGGAGAAACCGUUACCCAGAACGGAUAACAAAAACAGUAAAGCAGGCACGAAUAACUGUCAGUACAUAUAUAAUAAAUGAGUACAUACUCAUGUAAAUAUAAACAUAUAGCCAGCAUAUUCAGUAUAUAGAGACAGAGUCCCCCCAACGAUAUUCCAAGAUGUCCAGAUCGUCGGGGAAGGGUAAAUCAUCAGAAACGACGCUGGUGCGAUGGAGCAACAGUCGGCAAAAUCGUGCCCCGGGCACGGGGAUAGCCUCCGCUGCUAGCAGCGAACUAAACGUCACCAUGUCCGCCAUGCCACCCGACAGCAACGCCGAUGGCGACGCUGCCGCCGCCACCGGCACCGGCACCGGCGGUCAUGUGCAGCUGCUGGACGGCAAGAGCUCGGUAGCCACGAGCAGCAUUACAUCACCGAGGGAUACAGCGGUAUCCAGGGCGCGAAAACAGCGACUCAACUUCCAGCGAAAGGGCUCGACGGUGGGCAGCGUUGGGGCCAGGUCUCGCAGCCCCAGCACCACCAAGAUAACGACGGGCGCCUCGCUGAUACCGAAUCUCAAUCUGGUGAUCAAUCGGAUGCGGGCCAGGCAGGACGAUGCAUUCGUCUACAUGGACUACAUGCUGCCGCACGACAGCGAAUACUUUACGCCGUACAGCCUGCGGGAGGUGGAAUACGAGGAUCUGAAUCCAUACGAGCCAUUCUUUACGGUGACGCGUCACGGUGUCACCUUUUGGCACUGCUCGGAGAACUUCUUCACGCCGCUCGAUCAGUGGCAGCAGGAAUUUGUGCAGUUCCUCAGCAUCAUCCAGAUACGUUCAUUCUCCAUUUUCCGGCUCUGGAAGGGCUUCAAGGUGUGGGAGAAGACAAUCAAAUGGCGCAAGCUGAACGAGGCGCGCGACUAUCUGCACAACAAUCUGUUCAUUGUGAUACCACAGCUGGCCAAGGCCAUUUUGCGCAUGCGCGCCGAAAUCGUUCAAAUGGAGCGUCUGAAUUUCGUGAAUAUCAGCAACAUCGAGAACUGGCAUCCGUUCUACUUUCUCGAGACCCAUAUGCGCAUCUACGAGCAGCUGCACAAGAUCUUUCACGAUUUUCGUACACAAUUUGGCGUUUCGAUAUUUCGUGCCUGCACGGAUGCCAUACAGGCGCGCGGCUUCUAUCCGGACGAUGAGGUCAACUACUAUCCAUCGAUGAAGAAGAUGCGCGAGGCGCACAGCUUUAUGGAUCGGGCACGCAAGCGAGCCUUCUGCAAGACCCUAACAAACUUUCUCACGUACUCCGACAUGAUGGUCUUUCAAAUGCUUUACCGCAUCACCACCAAAAGCUUUGAGGAUCUGGCCCAUGCCUUCGAGGAGCACGAUGCCGUGGGGCCAACGGACGCGGACAUUUCCAGGCACAGUCGAACGGAUAAGCGGGUCGAGAGGCAGCGGCCGGCCGACAAGCCACAGCAUCCAUUCUUUCUGGCAAUGCUGCGACUGUUGCCCGAUCGCAUCGAUAUCGAGCCAUCGGAGGAGGUCAUCAAGAUCAUUUUUCAGCGCAUCACCGGACUGAUACUCGAGACGGUGCUGGACAUUCGACCAUUUACAACGGACCCGUACUUCAAGCAGUACACAGAGCCAUCGAUCAUGGGACGUCAGGAGGAGGUGCUGUAUGAUGGCGCGCCCGAUCUGCACUGGCUGCUACGUGCCGAUAGCACUUUCCAGUUUAAUCGGAAAAAUAUCUUCUAUCUGCUGCGCAAAGCCUACGAUCGGGCUCGCACCUAUACGGAACGUUUCCAUGCAAUUCGCGAGAACUUUGAGAUCGACACCCACACAGAUCCCGAAACUUUGAGCAGCGAAAGGGAUCUGACCACGCUGCGCAACUACUGCGAUCGCUAUUGCAACAAUGUGCGUGCCCUGGAUGGUAUCUUGGAGUUUGUUUAUCUGGGAUUGCUGAAGCUGACGCAGACGAACUUCAAGGAUGCUGUGACGCCGGUGUGCCAGCGUCUGCAGAACGUCCUGGCCACAUAUCUGCCCAAGCUGGCCGAGGAGGAGACGACGCGACUGUACGAGGAGGCGCAGGAUUUCUUUGGCCGCAUCUGCUUCGAGCCGCAGGAGACGCUCGAUAUUGUGAAUCACAUACGAUUCCUGGACACAUGCAGCGCGGAGCUCGAUAUCAUAUUCGAGGGUAUCGACUAUGUGCACGAUCUGCUGCUGAUUAUCAAGGACUUUGCCAUACCGAUCGAUGACGAUCGCAAAGAGGACUACAUGGACACCGAGGACUAUGUGAAUCGCACCAAGGACACGCUGCUCGAGAUCCAGGAGAAGCGGCAGGAGUUCAUCAAUCGCCUCGAGGAGGCCAUGAUGGAUGACAUAUUUACGCUCAAAGAGGAGAUACACGUGAUCGCUGUGGAGGCCCUCGAGCCAUGGCUCUUGAAUGCCAAAUCCGAACGGAUUUCGGUUACAAACAAGCUGGACGCGCUGAUGGAUCAGCUGAGUGGUUGCAAGGAGCGUGCCGAGGAGUUCCUGGGCUACCAGAAGGAAUUCCGCAUCGAUCUAACCAUGUACGAGGAGAUGGACCAGGCCUUCUACGACAUACGCAUGCGCCAGAAUCUCUACAAGACGAUGAUCGACUGGGAGCAGGCACUCACCGACUGGCAGGCGGCCGAUUUCAACACUUUGAUUGUCGCCGAUAUGCUCGAACUUAAUUCGAAGACGAUCAAAAACUGUCUGCAGUUCCAGAAGUAUCUGCCAGAGAAUAACAUUGUGCCAGUGCUGCAGAAAUCGGCCGAGGAGUUCAAGGAGAAGCUGCCCGUCAUUGGAUAUCUGCGCAAUCCCAAUCUUCGAGCUCGCCACUGGUCAGAGAUCGAAGAGCUGUUGAGCCAUAAAUUCUUUCAGGAGAAGGACAUCGUGCUGGCCACCUACGAGGAGGUGCAUGCCUUCGAUGACGAGGCCAUUGGCGAGUCCCUCAUGCAGAUCUCAUCACAAGCCACCGGCGAAAUGCAGCUCGAGAAUAUGCUGAAAGCCAUCGAAACGAUCUGGAAGGAGACCGAACUGGCCAUUGUCUCGCAUCACGAUCAGAAGGAUGUCUUCAUACUGGCCGGCACCGAGGAGCUGCAGGCGGUGCUCGAUGAUGCCAAUGUGAAUAUCAAUACGAUAGCCGCCUCCAAAUUUGUGGGUCCCAUCAAGGGCAAGGUGGAUGAGUGGAUCACCGAUAUGGAUCAAUUUGGCAAGACUUUCGAGGCCUGGAUGGACUGUCAGGGUGCAUGGAUAUAUUUGGAGGCCAUAUUCGCAUCGGCGGAUAUACAGCGCCAGCUGCCCAACGAGGCCAAAAUGUUCUUUCAGGUGGACAAAUGCUUCAAGGAGAUUGUCCGCCAGGCCAAGAAAGUGGCACUGGCCCUGCCCACAAUGUCCAGUGUGGAGGUGUACGAUGCCCUUGUGGAGAACAAUCGAUUGCUCGAUCUAAUCUCACGCGGCCUGGAGGCCUAUCUGGAGGUGAAGCGUGUGGUAUUUCCCAGAUUCUACUUCCUGUCGAACGAUGAACUUCUGGAGAUUCUGGCCCAGACGCGCAUACCACAGGCCGUGCAGCCGCAUUUGCGCAAGUGCUUCGAUGCCAUCUACCGUCUGGAGUUCGGCUCCAAGGACAGUGGCGAUGACAAGGUGGUGGCCACCAAUGACAUUAUCGCCUAUCUAUCGCCGGAGGGCGAGAAGCUGCAGUUUGGCAAAGGACUGAAGGCGCGCGGCGCCGUCGAGGAGUGGCUCAGCAAGGUGGAGGAGGCGAUGUUUGUCUCCGUGAAGCGCUACAUGCGCUUCGGCUAUCAGUGCUAUCUGGCCAAGGAGCGCGAGGAGUGGUUCCAGGAUCAUCCCAAUCAGGUGGUGCUCACCGUCUCCCAGGUGCAGUGGGCCGCCGACAUUCAUCGCAUAUUCGACAACAAGGAGAAGAACCCAGCGAACAUAAUGGAAAAGAUGGGCAAAUUUGAGGUGAAAUGCCUCAAGGAUCUGGGCGCACUGGCGGCCCUCACACGGCGCAGCAUCACUUCGCUGCUGCGCAAGAUCCUUUGUGCGCUGAUCACCAUCGAUGUCCAUGCCAAGGACUCGGUGCGCACUAUCGAGAAGGAGGUCUGCAAGCCCAACGACUUCAAUUGGCUGAAAAUGUUGCGAUUCUAUUGGGCGGAUGAAACGGAGACCGUGUACUCCCGUAUGGCGGCCGCCAAUAUUCCCUACUACUAUGAAUAUCUGGGCGCUGGCGGUGUCCUGGUGCUCACCCCGCUCACAGAUCGCUGCUACCUGUGUCUGAUGGGCGCCUUUCAAAUGGAUUUGGGUGGAGCGCCUGCUGGGCCGGCGGGCACCGGCAAAACCGAGACGACCAAGGAUCUGGCCAAGGCCCUGGCCAAGCAGUGUGUCGUCUUUAACUGCUCCGAUGGCCUCGACUACAAGAUGAUGGGCCGCUUCUUUUCGGGUCUGGCCCAGUGCGGUGCCUGGUGCUGCUUCGACGAGUUCAAUCGCAUCGAUAUCGAGGUGCUGUCCGUGAUUGCCCAGCAGUUGAUCACCAUACGAACGGCCAAGGCCAUGAGGGCAAAGCGAUUCGUCUUUGAGGGUCGCGAGAUCAAGAUUAAUCGCUCAUGCUGCGUCUUCAUUACAAUGAAUCCGGGCUAUGCGGGCCGCACAGAGCUGCCCGACAAUCUGAAGGCCCUGUUCCGGCCCAUCUCAAUGAUGGUGCCCGACUAUGCUUUGAUCUCCGAGGUGAUCCUAUACUCGGAGGGCUUCGAGGAUCCCAAAAUCCUCGCCCGCAAGAUGGUGCAGAUGUACCAGCUGUGCAGCCAGCAGCUCAGCCAACAGAAUCACUACGACUUCGGCAUGCGAGCCGUCAAGUCGGUGCUGGUCAUGGCCGGUGCCCUGAAGCGUGCCUCGCCCGAUCAGCGUGAGGAUAUCACACUGAUUGCCGCACUGCGCGACUCCAAUAUACCCAAGUUCUUGGCCGACGAUGCUGUGCUCUUCCGUGGCAUCCUCAGCGAUCUGUUUCCGGGCGUGGAACUGCCGGACUCACAGCAUCCGAAUCUGGAGGCCAGUCUGCUGCUGGGACUGCGCCAGAAGAACCUGCAGCCGGUGGCCACCACCAUACGCAAGUGCCUGCAGCUGUACGAGACGAUGUGUGUGCGGUGGGGCGUUAUGCUGGUGGGUCCAACGGGCGGCGGCAAGUCCGUGGUGCUGCAUGCCCUCGAGUUUGCGCUGGCCCAUCUCUUUGAGAUUGAGGUGCAGGAUCCGAACUUUCGGCCCGUUGUCAUACAGACAAUGAACCCCAAGGCGGUGUCCAUGAACGAGCUGUACGGCUAUGUGGAUCCCAAGACGCUGGAAUGGCAGGACGGUCUCCUUGGUCUGGCCGUGCGCACAGCCACCAAUGUGGAGGAUGAGAUCCAUCAGUGGAUCAUGUGCGAUGGCCCAGUGGAUGCUGUUUGGAUUGAGAACUUGAACACCGUGCUGGACGACAACAAGAUGCUGUGUCUGGCGAAUUCGGAACGCAUCAAGCUCACCGCCUGGAUACACAUGCUGUUCGAGGUGCAGGAUCUGCUGCAGGCCUCACCCGCCACUGUCUCACGGUGCGGCAUGGUCUACGUGGAUCCCACCGAUCUUGGCUGGCUGCCGCUGAUCGAUACCUGGCGUGAGGUGGAGAUGCGCCAGAAGCUGUCACCCGCACUCACCGAAUUCCUGUAUCAACUGUUCACGGGCUACUUUGAGAAGGCAUUGAAGAUCGAGCGUAAGCGUGCGGUGUACACCAUCCAUCAGGUGACCAAUGCCAAGGUGCGUCUGUGCUGUGCCCUCACCUCAUCGCAGCUGGAGGCCGUCAAGUGGUCGCCAUUGACAGACGAACAGGCCAAGGAGCUCAUCACAAAGAUCUUCUCAUGGAGCGUACUCUGGUCGAUUGCCUCCAAUCUGAAGGAUGCCGAAAAAGUUGCCUACGAGGAGCAGUGGAGCCGCAUCGUUGCCCAGCAUCCGAAUAUGGACCUGCCAAAGCAUACAAUGUGGAACUAUCGCGUGGAUCUGGAGACACGCGAAUGGGGCAAAUGGCUGGACAUAAUGCCCAAGUUCAAGUUCAGCUCGGAGAUCUCCUACUAUGACAUGCAGGUGCCCACAGUGGAUACCACCAAAUACGGCUAUGUUGCUGAUCUUCUGUUCAAGCGCAAUAUACCCGUCAUGUUUACGGGUGAGACGGGCGUGGGCAAAACGGUGCUGGCCAUCAGUUGCAUGAAGCGUCUGUCCGAGGGCAAGGUCAUACCAGUAAUCCUCAACUUUUCGGCACAGACGAGCAGCAUACGCACCCAGGAGAUGAUCGAGGGGCCGCUGGAGAAGCGAAAGCGCACCCAAUUGGGUGCGCCAGUGGGCAAGACGGUGAUCAUAUUUAUAGACGAUGUGAAUAUGCCCAAGCUGGACACGUACGGCAGCCAGGCGGCCAUUGAGCUGUUGCGUCAGUUUCUCGACUUCAAGGGCUUCUACGACCGGGAGAAGCUCUUCUGGAAGGAGGUGCUCGAUGUGGUGCUGGGCUGUGCCUGUGCACCGCCUGGUGGCGGUCGCAAUCCGCUAACACCGCGCUUUGUGCGACACUUUGCAUUGUUCUCGCUGCCCAAGCCCAAUGAGGAGACCCUCACGCAGAUCUUUAAUGGCAUUCUGUUAGGCUUUUUGGGCUCAUUUUCGGGUGCGAUACGCUCCCUCUCCGAGCCGAUGGUGAAUGCCUGCGUGGAUGUCUAUAUGCGGGUGGCCAAUGUGAUGCUGCCGACGCCCGAUCGCUCUCAUUAUAUAUUCAAUUUGCGAGAUCUGUCCAAGUGCAUUCAGGGCAUACUGCAGGCGACCAAUCUGCACUACAAUCAGGAGAAUCAGAUACUGCGUCUGUUCUACCAUGAGACGACGCGCGUCUUUCACGAUCGCCUGAUCAAUCAGGAGGACAAGGAUCUGUUCAAGAGCCUCAUGAAGAGCGUCUGCCAGCUGCACUUUAAGCGCGACGUUGUCGGCGAUGACGAGCCGGCGAUUCUGUUCGGUGACUUUAUGAUAUUUGGCAAGCCGAAAAACGAACGCAUCUACGACGAGAUCAAGGAUCAUGCCAAGCUGGAGAGCGUCCUCAAUGACUACAUCGUCGACUACAACUCAAUGGCCGUGGGCAAGCGCAUGAAGCUGAUACUCUUCCAGGACGCCAUGGAGCAUACGGUCCGGCUGGCCCGCCUGCUGCGCAGCGAUCGUGGCAAUGGCCUACUGGUGGGCGUCGCCGGCAUGGGCAAACAGUCGCUUACACGCCUGGCCUCCCAUGUCAAUGAGUACAAUUGCUGGCAGAUCGAGAUGCGGCGCAAUUACGAUCUGAAUGCGUUCCACGAGGAUUUGCGUGUCCUUUACCGCAUCGCAGGGAUUGAUAACCAUCCGGUGACCUUCCUGAUGAUCGACAGCCAGAUUGUCGAGGAGGAGUUCCUGGAGGACAUCAACAACAUCCUCAACUCGGGCGAGGUGCCCAAUCUCUUUGAAAGCGAUGAAUUCGAGAAGAUCAUACUGGAUGCCCGCGACGCCUGCAACGAGCAACAAAAGAAUGAACCCUGCAAUCGUGACAGCAUCUACAAGUUCUUUAUCAAUCGAGUGCGCAACAAUCUGCAUGUGGUGAUGUCAAUGAGUCCCGUGGGCGAUGCCUUUCGUCGCCGUUGCCGCAUGUUCCCCUCGCUGGUCAACUGCACGACAAUCGAUUGGUUCACCAGCUGGCCCACGGAGGCCCUCUAUUCGGUGGCCCUUGGACUGCUCACCAAGAUUGCACCCAAAAUGGAAGAUCGCGUCGCGCUGGCCAGCGUCACAGUGUUUAUGCAUAAGACUGUGGAGGAUGCAUCGGUGCGUUUCUACAAGGAGAUGAAGCGCCACUAUUACACCACGCCCAGCAGCUACCUGGAGCUGCUGAAGCUCUAUCAGAAUCUGCUGAAGGCCAAGAACCAGGAGAUCAUUGCCAAGCGCAAGCGCAUUGCCAAUGGCCUCAACAAGCUGCUGGAGACCAACGAAGUGAUUGCUGUGAUGCAAAAGGAACUGGAGGUGAUGGUGCCCCAGCUGGAUGAGAAAUCGGCGCUGAUGAAGUCGCUGCUGGCGAAUCUCACAACGGAAACGAAGCAGGCGGACACCGUCAAGCAGGGCGUCAUGGAGGACGAGGCCAAUGCCAAAGAGAAGGCGGCCGUGGCUCAGGCCAUAUCCGAGGAUGCUGGCAAGGAUCUAGAGAUUGCAAUGCCGGCGCUGCGCGAGGCCGAGGAUGCCUUGAAGGGCCUCACCAAGGCGGACAUCAAUGAGCUAAAAUCAUUCACAACGCCCCCAGCGCUGGUGCAGUUCUGCAUGGAGGCCGUUUGCAUUCUACUGGGCGCCAAACCCACUUGGGCUUCAGCUAAGGCUAUUAUGGCGGACAUAAACUUCAUCAAGCGGCUGUUCGAGUACGACAAGGAGCACAUGAAGGACGAUGUGCUGAAGAAGGUCAAGAAGUACAUCGAUCACAAGGAUUUUACCCCAGCCAAAUUCGAAAAGGUCUCGAAGGUGGCCAAAUCGGUGAGCAUGUGGGUGAUUGCCAUGGACAAGUUCUCGAAAGUGUACAAGGUGGUGGAGCCGAAAAUCAAGCGCAAGGAGGCCGCCGAGGCGGAGCUCAAGGAGGUGAUGGUCGUGCUGCGGCAGAAGCAAAAGGAGCUGGCCGCCGUCGAGGCGAAAAUUCAGACGCUGCGCGACAGCCUCGACGAGAAGCAGCGCGAAUUUCAGGUGAUUCAGGACAAUGUCGAUCUCACCUAUGGCCGCAUCAAUCGCGCCGGCCGCCUCACCUCCGCCCUGUCCGACGAGCAGGUGCGCUGGCGUGAGACGGUCAAAUCGCUGACCGCCGAUCUGGCCUGUGUGCCGGGCGAUGUUCUCGUGGCAGCCGCUUGUGUGGCCUAUAUGGGUGCCUUCUCGCACCUGUAUCGGCGCGACAUGGGCGCCCUGUGGGUGAGCAAGUGUCGCGAGAAUAAGAUACCCUCCAGCGGGGAGUUCAAUCUGCUGAAGGUGCUGGGCGAUGCGUACGAGAUGCGUCAGUGGAAUGUGGACGGUCUGCCCAAGGACAACAUCUCCAUCGAGAAUGGCAUCUAUGCGACGCGCGCCCUGCGCUGGGCCUUGAUGAUCGAUCCCCAGGAGCAGGCCAAUCGCUGGAUACGCAACAUGGAGAAGGAGAACAAUCUGCAGGUGGUGAAAAUGACCGAUGCGAGCAUGAUGCGCAUCCUGGAGAAUAGCGUACGGCAGGGCUAUCCGGUGCUGCUCGAGGAGAUCGACGAAACAAUCGAUCCGGCACUGCGGCCCAUCCUGCAACGCGAGACAUACAAGUACGAGGGUCGCAUAUAUCUCAAGCUGGGCGAUCAGGUCAUUGACUACGAUGAGAACUUUAAGCUGUAUAUGACCACAAAGCUGCCCAAUCCCCACUACCUGCCGGAGGUGUGCAUCAAUGUGACGCUGGUCAAUUUCCUAGUGACCGAAAGUGGCCUCGAGGAUCAGCUACUAGCCGACAUUGUGGCCAUUGAGCUACCUGCCAUGGAGGCGCAACGCAACGAUCUGGUGGUGAAGAUCAAUGCCGACAAGCAGCAGCUGUUGAGCCUCGAGGACAAGGUGCUGAAGCUGCUGUUCAACUCCGAGGGCAACAUACUCGAUGACGAGGAGCUGGUGGAGACCCUUAACGAUGCCAAGGAAACGUCGCUCAUCAUUGCCGCUCGCCUCAUCGACACCGAGGAAACGGAGAAGAUUAUCACCGCAUCGCGUGAACGGUAUAGGAUUUUGGCGUCGCGCGGUGCCAUCCUGUACUUUGUGGUGGCUGGACUGGCCGAGAUCGAUCCCAUGUAUCAGUACAGCCUCAAGUACUUUACGCAGGUCUUCUGCAAUGUCCUGCGCCAGGAGCAUCCCGUGCAGGCCGUCGAGGUGCGCAUCUCCGCCUUGAUGGUGGACGAACUGAAGGCCAUCUAUGACAACAUAUCGCGUGGCCUGUUUGAAAAUCACAAGAUCAUCUUUAGCUUCCUGCUGGCCCUGUCCGUGGAGCGGCAGGAGAAGCGCGUCUCCGACGAGGAGUUCAGUUUCCUAACACGCGGCGCCGUCGGCAAUAUACGUCCCAAGCAGCAGCCAUCCAGCACAAAGCUCAGCCAAAUGGAGUGGGAUGCGUGCAUCUACUUGGAGGACAACUUUCCGGACACAUUCGCGGGCUUCAGCAGCGAGAUAGACAGGCCGUUCUUCCUGCAGCUGCAGGACAACAGCGAGAUCUUUGACUUUGCCCGCACCAAGCAGCCGCCCACGGACAAGUGGAACAAGCGGCUGCGCAUCUUUCACAAGCUCAUGUUCAUCGCUAUCUUCCGCAAGCCGCGCUUCCUGCUGAAUGUUGUCAGCUAUCUGCAUGGCACCGUUGGCCGCUACUUCACCGAGGUCUCUGCCACGGGCACACAAUUGAGCACCGUCUUCCUGGACACCUCCGAGGUGACGCCUCUGAUCUUUGUGCUGUCAACGGGCUCCGAUCCGAUGUCGGGCUUCCUGAAGUUCACCACCCAAAUGCAAUAUACGGAAAAGUACUAUUCGAUAUCGCUGGGCCAGGGCCAGGGACCGGUGGCCGAGAAUCUGAUUGACAAGAGCCUGCGGCUGGGACACUGGGUCUUUCUGCAGAAUUGCCAUUUGGCCACCUCAUGGAUGCGCACCCUAGAGACAAUUGUGCGCAAUCUGUCGCUGGGCAUUACCAAGUCGCAUCCCGAAUUUCGGCUCUUCCUCUCAUCGAUGCCCAUCAGGGAGUUCCCAAUCAGUGUGCUGCAGAAUUCGGUGAAGAUCACCAAUGAGCCGCCCAAGGGUAUCAAGGCGAAUGUGAUUGGCGCCCUGGCGGAUCUCAAGCGGGACUUCUUCGAGCAUCACAUCCAGAACGGCAACUGGCGGGCCAUUGUCUUUGGGCUGUGCAUGUUCCAUGCGGUGCUGCUGGAGCGUCGCAAAUUCGGUCCCCUUGGCUGGAACAUCAUGUACGAGUUCAAUGAGAGCGAUCGCGAGUGCGGCCUCAAGACGCUCGAUUUCUUUAUCGAUCGCGAGGUAAUGGACGAUAUACCCUGGGAGGCGAUACUCUAUAUUAACGGUGAGAUCACCUGGGGCGGUCGCGUCACCGACUACUGGGAUCUGCGUUGCCUGCGCACGGUGCUGAUGAUCUUCUCGUCGAAGCGGAUCAUACAGCCGGAGUAUAAGUAUUGUCGGGGCGAUGCCUACUAUAGGGAUCCGCGCAAGAAGACGCUCGCCGAGUACUCGACCUUUGUGCAGGGCUUUCCGGUGCUCGAGGAUCCGGAGAUAUUUGGCAUGAAUCAGAACGCCAAUAUUGUGUUUCAGACCAAGGAAACGGAAUUCUUUAUCAGCACCCUGCUGCUGGGCCAGCCACGAUCAGCCGCCGACGAGGGUCAGGCGGCGGAGAAUGACAUCUGUCAGCAGAUUAUUGCCCGCAUCCAGGAGGCGCUGGUCAACAAGAUCAAGCGUGAGCCCCUCCAUGACACCCUCUCGACGCUGGACAGCAAGGGACAGGUGCCGUCGCUGACAACGGUGCUGGUGCAGGAGAUCGAUCGCUUCAACAUUGCGCUGGGCAUCAUACACGACAGCCUGACGAAUCUGGCCAAGGCCAUCAAGGGUCUGGUGGUGAUGUCCGAGGAGCUGGAGAAUGUAUUCAAGGCGCUGCUGGCCAAUCUGGUGCCCGCUUCCUGGGCCAAGCGGAGUUUCCUCUCCAUUAAGCCGCUGCCCAACUACAUAACGGACUUUCAGCGACGCAUCGACUUCAUUCAGCACUGGGCGGAGAAUGGGGCGCCGCGCUCCUACUGGAUCAGUGGCUUCUUCUUUCCGCAGUCCUUCCUCACGGGCGUGCUGCAGACGUACGCGCGCCGUCGCGUGCUGCCCAUCGAUUCGCUGAAGAUCGACUUUGACAUUGUCGAGCGGGAGCUGGUGCAGCAGGAUUUCUUUGAGGCCCACAAUGCGGGUAAAAGUGACGAACGUUUGUAUGGCAAUCUGCUGGAGUGCACCGAUGCCGUCAUCAAUGUCCAUGGCAUAUUCAUCGAAGCGGCCCGCUGGGACCUCAGCCGGGGCGGCCUCUGCGAUGCCAAAUUCGGUGAGCUGUACACGCGCCUGCCCAUCGUUCGGUUCAUGCCCUGCCUGGAGAUUUCACCGCAGGUGCGUUACGAGGCGCCACUCUACAAGACCCAGCAGCGAUCCGGCGUCCUCUCCACCACCGGCCAUUCCACGAAUUUCGUCUUGUCCGUCCUGCUGUUUAGCCAAAAUGAUCCCGAAUUUUGGGUGAUGCGUGGCACAGCUCUCGUUUCGGGUGUCGUUGAGAAUGUGUCCUAAAAAACAAAAAAAAAACGGAGCAGUAUAGGGAGUUAUCUCUGAGUUGUCUCGUAAUGUACUGAUAUUUUCUCUGUUUAUUUUCUGCAUAUUUUCCUUACGGCAUUUCGUUUAUUUUGUUACUCUGUUCUCAUGCUCUCUCUCAUGCUGUUUUGUCGUGUGCGUGUGUAUGUGUGUGUGUGUACUGUUAUUAUAUACAAAUAAAUGUUCUUAAGAUUAAGAUCUAGGGUUUUUUUUUCUGGGGUAGGAGGCUGGCUAUAUACCACAUCUCUAGCACAUUUAGAUAUAUCCUUUUUGGUUCGAUUUUUUUUAGUUUUUUUUUUUUUGUUCGAUUCUACAUGUUUACAGCUACGA